GCUAAACCCAGCUAAGCCCAUACCAACCUUCGUGCAAGAAUUCUAGCGACUAGCGCGCUUGUCCUCAGCACAGAAUAUGUAGCACAAGGUGUAGUCAUGCUAUACAAGCUUUUGAUCCAUAUAAAGCAUGGAUCUGCCAGUUGUCAGUGCCAUACUGGUCGUGGCAUGGCUUGCGACAGCCGCAAUUGCAAGCAGCGCGACUCCGGACAGCCUCCAAGCCUGUUUCGCGCGCGAGUUGGAACUUCCCUUUGUCAUGGCAUACCGAGGAGCAUCGGCGGCGUUUCCGGAGCACUCAGUCGGGGCCUACAGGGCAGCAAUUGAGCAGGGUGCACAGUUCGUUGAGUGUGAUGUGGUGCUCACAAGGGACCUGGUGCCCAUCUGCCGGCACGAGUCUAACAUCGCGGACACCACGAACGUGCUGCUGGCGGCGCACCGGCGGGGAUGGGACGUGGUGCCCAGCGGGAACGGCACAGAGGUGUUUGCAGCUGACCUGACGCUAGCGCAAAUCAAGCAGCUGCGGGCUGUGUACCCAGGCCAGGCUCCUUCAGCCACGGCAGGAACAGCGGGAACAGACGGCGGAGACGCAAAGGGGCACUGCGAUUCAGAUGCAGCUGCAGGCAGCUGCGCUGCGCCCUGGUCAGGCUCUUCGGAACUCGCGACCGGCAACGCGGCAGCCGGGGAGGCAGCAGUAGAUAGGGCUGAGACGUGCAGCUGGGAUGGCACCACGGGCGGCGCCGCGACUGGCGACGCGGCCGCCAACACGGCCGCCUGCUCUGACUCGGUGCCUACCGGGGCGGAUGAAGCGGCGCCCCCCGCGUUUGAAGUGGCCUCCCUGGAGGAGCUGAUCUGGAUGGCCGUGGCUUCGCGCGGCACGGCGGUGGGCGUGGCGCUCCACAUCCAGGCGGCUGCAUGGCACAACGCCCACCCGGUACUACAGCCACUGCUCGCGGCGGCUGGCACCACGUUUGAGGGCACACUGCUACAGCUGCUGACCAAGUACGGGUUCGCUACUGGGCCGUACGGCAGUGCGGCGUGGCGGAAGCGGCCCACCUACAUCAUGGCGUUUGAGGCGACCAGCCUGCAGUACCUGGCGCAGCGCACCAGCGCACCGCUGACUCAAGUGCUGGGGCCAACCAUACCGGACACGGGAGAGAGCUGGGACAGCGCCACAAGUGCGGAGGGGCUCAGCCGCAUCGCGACGUACGCCCAGUCGGUGGCGGUGGCACGGCAGGCGCUACUGCUGCCGGCUGCGGCGGAGGCCGCUGGCGCGAUAGGAUCUGGCGCAACAUCUGGGGGCGGCGGUGGCAGCGGCGGUGUUCUGGCGGCCAGCCCGGUGUUGGCACGCAUGCGGCAGGCGGGUCUCCAGGUCUUUGCUUCGGUGUUCAAGCCGGCCGCGGAGCACUUGCUUGCCAAUGUGACAAGCUGGGAACAGGAGAUCGCGCCGCUGCUGCUCGCGGGAGCGCCACUAGAAAGCGAAGACGCGGCAGAAGCGGCGGCGCUACAGAAGCAGCGGCGGGUGCAGCGGCGGGCGCUAGGUAUUGACGGGCUGUUUGCUGACUCACCGGGGCUCCUGAGAGAGGUAUACAAGAAGUAUGCAUGUGGUGAGCAGGCUUAUUCGUAGACCGUGUCGUUUGUUGUAGGCCGUGGACCACGCGUUUGGAUGGAGAAUAGCCAACACGGCUGAGGGGGCGCACCCACGGCGGUGUGAGUGGUGUUGCGCUGAAGGAAGGGGCAAGCGUUGUGGCAUGAGGAAUAGGCAGCGGGAUGAUCGAAGCGAAUUGCGCGGUUACACAAAAUGGUGCCACCUGUGCGUUGUAUCGACGCAAGUAUGCUUGACCGAAGCCGUUCAGGGCUAAAUAUUAUGAGCGGGGUACCCCCUGCAACGGCAGCAGCGCGACGGUGUGUAUGUCCUGAGGAAUGCCGUAUGCUAUGCCGUGUGCUAUGCAGUCAGCUCAAGAUAAUGCGUUCUUGAGCACUGCUCCAUUAUGCAACUACAUGGUGCAUCAAUUCUAUAACGCGUCUCGCUGUAAAACUGUGGAGACAUCAUAUCCUCGCAAGUCCCAGGCUCCCAGCCACCCUUCAGCAGUGCCAAAUGUACUAUCCAUCAUAUGACGCUUGUGCAGCGCAAAAGCAGUUCCCCACAAGCAUAAAAACGAACCACAAUGGACCAUGCCACC